UAAACAUCUUUGCUGUUGUUGGAAGAAGACCACCUUUGAACAUUGCAUUCAUUAGUCUUGCCAUCUUUAUGGCUGUUACAAAAGGCAUCCUUGCUGCUUUUCGAAAAAGACCAUUUGAUGGGGCAACAAAGAUGGGAAAUUAUUUUUUUUAGUAGUGAACUGUCUUUUGGUUAUUCACUGCAAAAAUUACAUGCUUCAUCUUUAUCUCACUCCUGCGGCAACAAUCCUGUGAUUACAGAAAGGUACGGAAACUGCGUUGAUUUUAUAUCAGACGCCACAAGGUGGCUUCUACGAGACUAUUAGAGAGUUUACGAAACUUCACAUUUUGACGACGACGCCGGGAGUUAAUGCUAGUGCGCAUGCUUCUUAACAUUUUGGCUGCUUCCUUUGGCGACGACGCCGUGAAAUCGUCUUCUUUGGACGCGUCCUGCAUGUUCAAGAUGGCGGAUGAACAUCAAAACACAAAAAGCAAAAAAGCAAUGACUUGGACAAAUGAAUAUAAUGAAAUUCUAGUUCGUGAAAUGUAUUUAUUCCAACCAUGGAACUUCAAAAAAGGAUCACAGCAACGAGGUAAUGCAUGGGAAAUGAUCAGUGAUUCCUUAAAUGAUAUGGAUAGCCCAAGGUUUAACGUGACGCAAAAGUCUGUUCGAGACCACUACACUUUACUUCAAAAGCAACAAAAGAAAAGAUUAAGAGAGGAGGAAAAAGCUUCUGGGAUCUCUCCAGAGCCAUCUGCAGUAGAAACUUCCAUUGACGAAAUUAUUCAAUUGUUCAGAAAUAGAGAUGAAGAAGAGAAAAUUUUGGAAAAGAAACAAAAACAAAACUCUGUUGCAGAAGUAGAAAAGGCUGUGGAAAUGAGACAACAGUCAAUGGAAACAUUAGCUGAAACUUACAAAAGAAAAUCUCAAAGUAAAGAUGGUGAAAAACCUAAAGAAGAAUGUCAUCCAAUGGAACUGAAAUCAUUGCCUAUUUACAACAAAAGUCAAGAGUUGAUGCAGAACUUAAAAGAGAAGAAUUGAUGUUGAAAAAAGCUGAAGCUGAUGAAAGAAAACAACAACAAAACAACAUCAUUUCUCAACAGGAAGCUCUCACUAAAGCAUCAACUGCAAAUUCAAAACACUGCUUUACUAACAUUGAUGCAGAAUAUUGUUAAAAAAGACUGAAAUGUUUUAUUAAAACAGUGCAUAUAUUUUUACUUGAGAGUAGACCAAACUUUUUUCACAUACAUAAUUUACUGUUAUUGAUAUUAUAAAUGAAACAUUCAUAAAGUUAUCCAUAACAAGAGUAUAUUUGAGAGAUGUUAAAAAAUGUUCCUGAUGACUUAACUCUGUCCAUUAAACAAUUAGUCAACUUGA